AUGCCCGACCUCGAUCUCCGUCGCCAGGUCCUCGAAAGCAAAAAGACCGUGUCGCGCAAGGCGCGCCAAAAGCAAGCCCUUGCCGGCUCAGGCGCGAGCUCCCCAGUCAACUCGGCGCCAAAUUCCCGCGCUGGCUCCAGGAAUGCUAGCAGAGCCGCCAGUCGCAACGUUUCCGAAGACGAGGCAGGCUUCCUCAGCGACGAGACCGACGGCAGCAACCAGUCGUUCGGCUUUAGCCUUAGUAGAGGCUCGCUCGAAGAAGAGAACGAAGUAGCCGACAUGGAUCCGACCGAGUGGAAGUCGUGGCUUUCCAACCUGAUCUCCGAGAUAAUCCAGCGCAAGCGCAGCACCACCUCGGGUCGCAAGAGGGCGCUCACGGAAUACACAAACAUCCUACGGACACACUUCGCACAAGAGCAAAUACAGUAUAGCGCAGACGAGUUGAUACAUGCUUUGCUUAAGAGCGUUGACACCUCGGAGGAGGGUGAGGACGAGACUGUGAUUGCGCUGAAGGCUAUUUCCCUUACUAUCAUUACCGACUCGCCUGCUGGCAGAUAUGAGGACGUGUACAAGGCUAUUAAGGAGGUAAUAAGUGACUCCGAGACCUCCGCACCGAGGCAAGCCGCUAUCCAUGCUCUCAGCAUUGUUAGUGUUUUCGGUGGCGCCUCCACAAACGCUAUUGAAGAAACCAUGGAUUGGUUCCUUGAAAUCGUUUCAUCAGACGGGUGUCUGAUAGGCGCCGACGACGACGCAGGGGUUGUGCGGGCUUGCGAGCAAGAAUGGGGGUUCCUCGCAACGCAACUCGACGAUCUCGAGGAGCAGAGCGAGCCUGCAAUAACCGCUUUCCACGACCAACUCCAAAGCACCAACGCGCAAGUCAAGAUCGCGGCCGGCGAAAACAUUGCCUUGCUCUAUGAAGCUAGCUACGAUACGCUGGCGGCAGACGAGGAGGUCAACAAUGAAAGCGAGAGGCUCGUAGAUCCCGAUCGCCCGGCGGGCGCCCCGAAACUGGCUAAGCGCUACCAGCCUUUCAGACAGGAGCAUCAUCUCAAGGAGACACUCUCAGAGCUUGUCAACAGCACGACAGCCGUCGCGCGCACAGCCAAGAAAGAUCGGAAGGCCGUAAAGGCCUGCUUCGCAGACAUUCUCAACAGCGUUGAAUAUCCGAAUCGCGGACCCCGCUACUCGACAGCCCUUUCUGAGAAGACGGGUCAAAGUUACGGCAGUCGUAUGUCUUUCCGCAUCCGAGACAGUGGCGAGAUACGCCUCGACAAGUGGUGGAAGCUUUUUAGACUCGAGGCGCUGAGGAGGUGUCUGCAGUCAGGGCUUGUCACCCACUUUGAAGAAAAUGAAGCUGUAGCCGACUUUAUCAUAUAA